GCGCUCUGUGUUGCUGCCGCUCUGCUCUCCCAUGCAGGUUGUGGAAACGCUGCUACCCGCUGGUCUGUGUCUGGAUCGCUUCAGGACCCUCCUACCUCCUGGCUGCCGGGCUGCGGGAGGGGGAUAAGGAAGGAGGAGACAGCCGCGCCGUUUCGCUCGCCCCUGUGCCGCUGUCGGACGAGCCCCCAUAAUACUGCUCUGUCAGUGUGGAGGGAGACCAGCGCGGAGAAGAGGGAAGUCUGUGACAGAGGGGGAGAGAGAGAGAGAAGAGACAGGAGGCAGGCUGCUUAUAGUAACUCACACAAGGAGCACAUUCUUUACAACCGGAGGACUUCUGGGGCUCUCACUGUGCUUUUCCACCAAUCUUUUAGCCUGGAUUUGGGAUUUUAACCUAAUUUUCUACCAAACUGGGAUAUUCUCCUCUGUGUAAAGUGCAUCCGUGUGUGAGCGUCAAGCAGGACAGCCCAUUCGAUUCCCACUCCAGCGCAGCAGCAGCAGCAAGAGAGAGAGGUAUUCAGAGCGUGGCACAUUACAGACCGGAGUCGCUUCUACAAAACAAGUCAACCCUUUUGCGUUCUCUCCCUAACCAUCCCUUUUCUUCCUCCUACUCCUCCUCUUCUCCCCUCAACAGUACUGCCACCACAGCCACCUGCUCCUCGCCCACUCCUAUCCUGCCUGUACCUUUUUAACCUAUCUCAGCUUUCGACCACUCUCUCCGGACACCGAGAGACCACCUUGCGCACUUGUGGACUAAUUGAACUCUUGGAUCUUGCACACACCUUGAGAGCGAGAGAGAAGCCGGCAGAGUGACACAUCGCGGUGCAGCAGCAGCAGAGCAGAUCAAGAAGAAGAAGAAGAGGAAAAAAAAGAGGGAUAUUAGCAAAGACAAGCUGAUCUCAUCUUGGCAUAGCGCUCGCUCCGGUGUCACCAUUCCCUGCCUCACUGCUAAGGAUUCCAGCUACAUGGGCAAGCGUUUGGAACAGCAGCCAAUGUACCCUCAGUACACCUACUACUACCCCCAUUAUCUCCAGACCAAGCAGCCGUAUGCUCCGCCUCCUCACCCCAUGGCUCCUCCCAGCCCCAGCACCAACAGCUGCAGUCAGGGAGGGGCGGAGCAGCUCAGUAAGACCAACCUGUACAUCCGGGGUCUGCCCCCUGGGACCACCGACCAGGACCUCAUCAAGCUCUGCCAACCGUAUGGGAAAAUAGUGUCAACUAAGGCCAUUCUGGACAAGAACACCAACCAGUGCAAAGGUUAUGGCUUUGUGGACUUCGACAGCCCAGCUGCAGCGCAGAAGGCCGUGUCAUCUCUCAAAGCCACUGGAGUCCAGGCCCAAAUGGCCAAGCAACAAGAGCAGGACCCCACCAACCUGUACAUCUCCAACCUGCCCGUAUCCAUGGAUGAGCAGGAGCUGGAGAACAUGCUGAAGCCUCUGGGUCAUGUGAUCUCCACGCGGAUACUGAGGGACGCCAACGGGGUCAGCAGAGGGGUCGGCUUUGCGAGGAUGGAGUCCACAGAGAAAUGCGAAGUAGUGAUACAACAUUUCAAUGGAAAGUACCUGAAAACCCCGCCAGGCAUUCCAGCCCCCACGGAGCCUUUGCUGUGUAAAUUUGCGGACGGAGGGCAGAAGAAGCGCCAGAGCCAGAGUAAAUACCCCCAGAACGGGCGGCCGUGGCACAGAGAGGGCGAGACUGGCAUGGCGUUAACAUAUGACCCAGCAGCAAUGCAGAACGGGUUCUAUUCCUCGCCUUACAGCAUCGCCACCAACCGCAUGAUCGCACAGACCUCCAUCACGCCCUUCAUCGCUGCUUCCCCUGUCUCCACAUAUCAGGUCCAGAGUACGUCAUGGAUGCCUCAUCAACAAUAUGUUAUGCAACCAACAGGUGCAGUGAUCACGCCAGCCAUGGACCACACAAUGUCCAUGCAGCCAGCCAGCAUGAUGGGCCCCCUGACGCAGCAGAUGAACCACCUUUCCCUGGGCACUACCGGAAGUUACAUGACUGCUGCAGCGGCUGCGGCACCUAUGCAAGGGACCUACAUCCCCCAGUACACUCCUGUGCCUCCCACAGCCGUCCCAGUCGAGGGAGUGGUGACAGACUCUCCGCAGACGGUGGCGCCCUCGUCACAAGAGGUGAGCGGGCAGCAGCAACAGAUGCAGGUGGACUCUGACCACGUCCCAGCAUACUCCUACCAGUCCAAAUAGCGGCGGGCGAGCGAGUGGUCCUGUGACAGCGUUGCCUUGAGACAGAAGGUGGCUGCACUGUGAACGCGGAGAAGAGAAGAGAAAAAGAUUGCUUCCAGAUUGCCCAGGCACCAAAAAAACCAGACACUUUUUUCAUUUCCUACCUGGCCUACGAGAAAAACCACACACAACAGAAGGAGGCGAGGAGGACGCUACGGAACGCAUAGGGACAAGACUGGGCACAGUGCAAGAUAGUUUAGUCUGGAACCUGCCUGAAGGGCUGGGCUGAAGCUUGAAACGUUUCUCAAAAAAAUCUAAUAAAAAUCG